UGCGGUGUAUGUUAGCUGUUGCGCGUUGAGAGGGGGGAAUUAGUCGCACUUGAUUUUGCGUGUAACAAGUGGGGAAAAUAACGAAAAUGCACGUGAAAUUGCAACUAACGGGGGUCGUUCUGCUGCUGCUGCUCUGCCUGUCCGUCUCGCAGGGCGCUGUGAUCAACAGGAGGGAGGAGAGCAGCGCGAAUCAAACUAUCUGGGACCUAACGGAGGCCCUAUCCGGCACUGCGGGUCUCCUUGGUUUCAAUGGAACCUGGAUAACAGAUGAAGAAUUCUAUUACACUGCCAACGACAGAUCCAUUCAUAAAUUUAAUGCUGCCACCAAAACGGAUGUGAUAUUUCAGAAUUCCUCAUUUCUGAACAAUUAUGUGGGCGCCACAUUCACGCUCUCGACUGACAACACCAAGAUCCUCAUUCGGCACAAUCUCACAGAGAAGUUCCGGCAUUCGUAUAUCGCCCAGUACGAUGUGUAUGAUAUCGAGACGAAUACAUCCGUUCAGAUCCAUAAGGGCGAGAAACUGCAGUACUGUGGAUGGUCCCCGCUGAGGGAUCGCCUGGCGUAUGUCUACCUGAAUAAUGUGUACAUUCAUUUCAAUGAGAACCUGGAGAUUGGCAUCACGGACGACGGCGUGGAUGGGAUCGUGUACAAUGGUGUGCCCGACUGGGUGUACGAGGAGGAGGUUUUGAGCAGCGGUAGCGCCAUUUGGUGGUCCCCGGACGGCACAAAGCUGGCCGUUGGCUUCUUCAACGACACCGAAGUGGAGACCUUCAAUUAUUUCCUUUACGGAGACGGGGACACCACCUUCUAUCAGUAUCCGCAGGAGGAGCAUCUCAAGUACCCAAAGACUGGCACCAAGAACCCCGUUGUGAGCCUUCGGGUGUACGAUGUCACCGACAAUGAUCCCACAAUGCAACGUAUUGUGGCCCCCAUUGAUGUUGUGAGCAGCGAUCACAUUCUGCAGAAUGUUGUGUGGUCCAACAACACGCAUUUGCUCAUCACCUGGAUGAACCGUCGCCAGAACCUGUCCUCCAUUCAGAGCUGCAGCCAUUUGGGUGUCUGCGUGGAGGUGACACGUCUGGAGGAGCCUCAAGGAUGGGUGGACAUUAGCACACCCAAGUGCCUGGGCAGUGGACAGAGCUGCAUCUUCGCCUACUACAUCGGCAAUUGGUAUCAGGUGUGGAAUUUGAAUCUGGAGACGGGGGUCAACAGCUGGCAAUCGAGAGGAAACUUUACGGUCCUCAACGUCUACGGAUACGAUGAAGUGAAUGAUAAAUUAUACUACCAGGCCACAAAGGCGAGUGAUCCCUCGGUUUAUCAUGUCUACAGCAACGACGAUUGUCUGAGCUGCAAUCAGAUAGAUGUGGAUGGCCAGGAAUGUCUCUCGGCCAGCGCUACCUUCAGCAAGUCCUUCGCCUACUACACACUCUCCUGCAGCGGCCCCAAUCCCUCGUAUACCCGCAUCUUUGAGGCAACCAAAAACACGCUGGUAACCGACUGGGAACUGAAUACCGCGUAUCGCGCCAAGCUGGCGGAGAAACAGCGUCCGAGCUAUAAAUUCUUGAAUGUGACCCUGGCAGAUGGCAGCAUUGGAUACGCCAAGCUCGCGCUGCCCCCCCACUUUGAUGAGUCAAAGAAGUAUCCACUGAUUGUGGUGGUCUAUCAGGGUCCGAAUUCUGUGCGUGUCACCAAUGGAUUUUUGGUGGGCUACGAGGCAUUUGUGACCACCGCCAGGAAUACCAUCUAUGCGUACAUCGAUGGCAGGGGUACGGGCAACAAGGGCAAAGAUCUGCUCUUUUCGGUCAACAACGAUCUGGGGGAUCACGAGGUGGAGGAUCAGCUGUAUGUCACCGAGUGGAUGCAACGGAAUCUACCCUAUGUGGAUGCCGAACGUUGUGGCAUUUGGGGAUGGUCGUAUGGCGGUUAUAUGACGGCUAAAACUAUUGAAAAGGAUGACAAACGCAUCUUCCAGUGCGGUGUGUCGGUGGCGCCAGUAACCUCCUGGUUGUAUUACGAUACAAUAUAUACGGAGCGUUAUAUGGGUCUGCCAACGGAUGUGAAUAACAGAUAUAAUGAGAGCAGUGCCUUCCAGAACUUGGAAAACUUCAAUACCCAUGACUUCCUAUUGAUUCAUGGAUCGGGAGACGAUAACGUACACUACCAGCAUUCCCUGUUGCUGGCCAAAUUGCUCCAACGAGCAGAUAUUCAGUUCGAAGAGCAGACCUAUACCGAUGAGAACCACAGCAUUGGUAAUGCGCUGCCCCAUUUGUACAACACCAUUGACCGUUUCUGGAUAAACUGCCUCAACCUGGAAGUCCCGUCCGAGGACACUCUCUAAGCGCCUGAUGUGUUCCCUCUAGUCAAAAGUAUUUUUCAAUGCUAAAUGUCUUUUUGUAUUGUUUUAUUUUUUUUAUUUUGUAUCCAACUUUUUUGCACAAUCAAAAAGCUUCGCUUCAACGAUUAUGCUGAAGAUAAAUUGUAUUUGUAAAUAUGUUCAUUAA